AGCUAUUUUUGCAUGUGGGUGUAUCAAAGGAGCACACAGUUUAUACUGAAAAAGCGCAACAUUCUCAUGCCUUAAAAUGUUGAUGAGGCUUCCACGCUCUUGUGGAGAUUAGGCUACAGACUGAGAUUUAGGGUUUGCGAAGGUGUGUUCACGGUGAGAGUGUGAGUUGCAAGACGACGACGACGAGGAGGAGGAAGAGGAGGAGGAAGAGGAGGAGGAGAGUGAUUCCUAGCAGGUAGAAACGAUGGAGGAGGCCGCGGGCGAUGAGGAGUGGUACACGAUCGCGCUGUGGGGUUAUUUCGCCAUGGCUGCGAUCAUGUUCGUUCUAGUGAAUUUCUGCUUGUCUGCGCCAUACGGGCGCCAUGUGCGGAGGGGCUGGGGUUUCAGCGUGCCGGUGCGAGAGGGUUGGAUUAUCAUGGAAUCGCCAGCUUUGUUCGUUAUGGCACUUGUCUACCACGCGGGCCAAUUUCACUUGCAGCAUGUUCCCCAUGUCCUCCUAAGAAUGCAUCAAAUGCAUUACUUCCACCGAACGCUUGUAUUUCCCUUCCGCAUGCGAGCCGAUGGGAAGGCCAUGCCAGCCGCCGUAGUGGCCUCAGGAUUUUUUUUCAAUGUAUACAAUUCAUACAUUCAAGCACGGUGGAUAUCCCACAUUGGAGUUUACCCUUCCUCGUGGCUGACAAGCCCACAAUUCUUGCUGGGCGUCGCGAUCUUCCUGGUAGGAUUUUUGGGUAAUAUCUGGGCUGACAAUGUGUUGCUGAAUCUGAGGGACCACAAGGAAGACCGGUCAUACAAGAUUCCAAGAGGGUUUCUGUACGAGUUCAUCACAUGUCCCAACUAUUUUUGCGAGAUAAUCGAGUGGCUUGGCUGGGCGAUCGCGACGAACUCGGUUGCUGGGUUCUUCUUCUUUCUGUCCACUCUUGCAAAUCUAGGACCCCGUGCGAAGACCCAUCACGAGUGGUAUCAUAAGAAGUUCAAUGAUUAUCCCAGGAAUCGCAAGGCUCUUAUACCCUUCUUGUACUGAACAAAAAUGUGAAGCAUGAGAAAUCUAUUAGAGUAUGUGCUCUCGAGAUUGAAAGAUCCUGUUUUUCAUAGUGCAUUAAGGUGUCGUGGAACUGCACUUGUGACCCUAAAAUCCUGCCAAGCCUUGGAAUUCUGCAACCCCGAGCAAAGCAGGCAAUGUCACUCCCAUAUUGCUGGGUGUUUCAUCCGUGAAACACAGUGGGUUAAUUACUUAAGCAAGAGCACAACAGGUAAUGUUCCGGGUUUGCAUUCCUGUAGAAGAAAAACUUGUAAGCAUAUGUAGUAUUAGCAGAAGUUUGUGCUAUUGAACAUGAAAAUAGUUCUUGUCAUUUCCAACCAAUCUCCCUUUCUGGACUUCGGAGAUAUUUCAUGUGCACUCCCUUUGACAAAGUAAAUAUAUAAUUUUGACCAACAAAAGGAGUUGUUAAUGGA